AUGCCUAAAAGAGGGAAUAGACGAGGUCGCGGCUCAUCUCGCGGUGGUCGUGGAAGAUUUAGAUCUAAUCUGAAAAAGUCUAUCCAGGGAAACAAGCCUAAAUCAACAAGCUAUAAUAAUAGUUCUUCUUCACAAUAUCAAGAAUUGUUUGAUCCUGACUCGUUGUAUGUUCCAAGAGGAAAAAUGGCCCAAGCCGGCUUAAAUUUUGGAAGGCGAAAGUACGGACAUCUUGAAGAGGAAGCUCGGUAUACAGAAGCACAUCAUGCAGAUACUAUGCGUCAAAGUUUUCGAAAUCGACCAGUGAUUUUUGUAAAGGCAAAGGAAGUUUAUGAUCCAAAUGUGAUACUAAAUAAGUUAUCCGAGCAAAGAAAUAAUGAUCUUGGUGAUGCUAUUGAUGUUGAGUUAAAGAGAAUCUCACUAGAAGAGGAAGAAGAGGAAGAAGAAGAGGAAGAACAAGAGGAAGAACAAGAGGAAGAAGAACAAGAGGAAGAAGAACAAGAGGAAGAAGAGGAAGAAGAGGAAGAAUAUGUCGAUGAAGAUGAUGUUGAUGAGGAUGAUGAUGACGAGAAUGCCAUGGAAGAGGCGGAAAAGUUGCAGAGCACUAUAAACCAAGUCUUAGAAGAUGAACAAGAGGAGUUGGUUUAUAUGAUACAAAAUCAAGAGCCGAAACCAAUGAUCACGUCUAGGGAGGAUUUAGUAAAAGAGAUGACAAUGAAUAUUAAAGAAGUUGGUCAAGGAGUACUGAGAGAGGAAGAAGAAGAGGAACAAGAGGAACAAGAGGAACAAGAGGAACAAGAAGAACAAGAGGAACAAGAGGAACAAGAGGAACAAGAGCAAGUGCAGAAGGAAGAACUAGAUGUUACUAGCCAUCAAUUUAUAGAGGCUCCUGUACAAGAUAGUGUGGAAAUAUUCUUUGACGAUCCAGCAGAUGGUGAGAAACUUCUACUCAAGAAAGACGAUAUCGACAACAAACCCAACUCAUCAGUAGAAUCAGACCCAGAGUAUGGAUAUUUAGAAGAAGAUUAUGAAUUUGAUGUUUCCAAAAUUGAAGUAUCAAAUAUCAGGUUUGGCAUAGAAAAUCUGUAUUUUUUAAAAUGUGCAGACUUGACAGGCAGUGUUGAUGAUACAUUUCAUUGGGUUGGUGAGGAAGAACUCGUAGAAUAUGUAUUGACCAAUGGUGUUAAAAGAAAUCGGUUAGCUAAGUUUUUGUCCUACAUCACAAAAGGAAUGAUUGAUGGGACAACAUCAGAGUCUGAACUAGAUGUGUACGUCAGCGAAAGUUCUUGUGAAAGUGACGACAAAAGUGAAGAGAAUAGCAUCAAUUUCGAGUCCGAUGAAAAUCUAGAAGACCUUAUCGCAUACUGCAAAACUAGUACACAAGGAUUAGUUCCAAUACUAGAUCGAGAUUUUUCAAACAAUAUUCCCGCAAAAAAGAGAUCAGGGUUUGAUGAAAACUAUUUGGAUUCGGAGAUUCAAGAAUCUUUAGCACGUCAGCUUAAAAACUAUAACAGAAACAAAAAGAAUAAGAGAAAGGAACGAAAACAAAAACAAAUUGAAGAGGCUGUGUUACAUAACGAUAUGUUGAUUCGAUAUCCGGAAUCAUUAUCAAUACGACAAAUCCAAAGUGAAUUUGAAGACCUACUCAGCGAUGAAUUAAGACAGUCGAUGAGCUUUCCAACUUUGGAUACACAUGGACAUAAAACCAUUAUGAAUAUGGCAGAUUGUUAUCAUAUGACUGUGGAUAAAUGCGGUCCACCUGGUGUGAGAAAGUACCUCAAAGUUUCCAAAACUAGAGCAACUUUCAAAACAGCACCUAAUUAUGAUCGAGUACAAGCAAUUUUAAGAGGUCGUCCUAUAUUUCAUAGAAUCGAUAGAAAACCAAACAAGGAUAAAGGUGCAAAAACUAUAUCUAAAAGUGGAAAUGGCAUUAGGGCCAGAUUCAAAGAAGGUGAUGUUGUAGGUGCUGAAGCACCUGAGAUUUCCCAAAGCAAUUUAGGUAGACAAAUGUUGGAGAAGUUGGGUUGGUCAAAAGGCGAAGGUUUGGGUCUUGCAGGAAGAGGAAUAAAUGAGCCGAUUAUAGCAAAGGUCAAAAUGUCUAAAACUGGUAUUAAGUAA